ACUGUACAAUGGCGUCGAGUAUGCGGCGAUGUCCGAUAUGCGUGAGCGAGUACGACGCUGUCAACAAGCGCCCGCUGGUGCUGAGCUGCGGGCACACCUUCUGCCACGACUGCCUCUACCGCAUGUCCGCCCACACAUACAGAACCUGUGCCGUUUGUCGUAAGUCCUGGAGCGACCGAACUGUCAACGAGUUACCAGAGUGCUACCAGCUUCUACCAACCGACGUGACGAGCGAUGUCCUCCAGUGUAGGAUUCAUAACACAAGUUUGCUCUUCUGGUGCGUCCCUUGCAGUGAAAAACUCUGCAGAAAAUGUUUACGCCAGCAGCACCGUGGUUGUGAAUGGGUCUUGCUCGAGGAGCAGGCCAAUGAGCUCAAAACCGAGAUGAUGCAGAAGGUGGCUGACACCGAAGCUGCCAUCAAAGAGAGUCUGUCAUCCAUUGAGAACAUAAUUAAAGAGAAUAAAACGGUGCUUGACCUGCAGAAGAACCUAGGCAAAAUGCUCAAAAAGCUGGGCAAGGAAUACGUCAUCUACCAACAAAGAAUUCUAGUGCUUCAGAGUAGACUGAACAAGCAAAUAUCUGAACUAGAGAAACUGAGCUCUGAUUGGACCAUUCCACCUGGCAGUGACUUUUUGGUGGCAAUCCGGGACAAGACAGCGGAAUUGGAGAACAUAAAAGCGGUGCUGAUGUGGCCUCAGAAACCUCACAUGCGCUCCUUCUAUGGCCUUAUUGACAACUUCCAGAGAUGCCGUGACAGCAAUUUUUCUUUGACUGACGUAUGCGACGGCCUUGAUCUACCUUUCUCUGACGAAGAAUCUGAAGUAGAAGACGAAGAGAACGAAGAAGACAUGGAAGAUUUGGAACCAGAACCGGCAAACGACCACGGUGAACAUGUACAUGAACAGAAUGCCGUGGUCAUAAACGAUCCGGAAUCGACGGUUCUGUCUUCCUCGACAGUUGAAAAUCCUUCUUCCGGAUUUGAUCCUCCUUUGUUCACUCUAAGUAACACGGUUUCAUCAUCAGCAGGAAUACUGGAUUCAAAUGCUAAUGAUGAGAAUGUGACUAGAGUCGAUGCAACAACAACUUUCGUUCCCUGCUCGCGUUCAUUACCCACUCAGUUCAGCCUAAGACCAGUGAUAUCAUUCUUUUCUCAAGCGAAUCUGUGUUUCAGUACGUUGGCCUCUACUUCAACACCACGGGCAUCGCAAAGUGGAACCGACCCAUUGACAUCUCCCGCAACUGCAACAAACGCUCUGCAAGCCACACCGCUAUUGUCAACCGACUACGUCCGUAAUGUUGCAACUGGUGGAAAUCGCAUGGAAAACGACGAUUCCCCUCUCGGUACUAACGAAGAUAUCAACUCAACUCAAACUGACCUGAAUUCGUCAGCGUCCGCAUCAAGACCAAAUGAUGCGAGUUCCCAAGGACCAACUUCAUCGGGGAUAAGUAACUUGCUUCCAUCUCAGUCUAUUUUUUCCUUUGCUGGUAAUUCUGGCAACGCAAAUGUCCAGAGAUUCCCUUUCAGCGCGUCAGAAAAUCGAAACCAGUCUAACCUUGUGAGUGUGAACGCCGCGUGCAGCAUUAAUGAAUCACAAAAUAACAGCAUCAGAACAAGUAAUUUCAACACGAUGCCGCGGACACGAGGCAAUGCAGUCGGAAAUAGAUUGCAAUUCAUCUUUUCCGAAAGAAACAGAUUGAGGCCUAGAAUACCGGAGAACCUGCUUCAAAUUUGCCAAGAUUCGAGUCAACCUCAAUUUGGAUUCCGAUGUUCGUUUCCUACAAGUAUGCGAUCGCCUGCGAGCGUGAAGGCUGAUUCAUCCGGUUUUUCAUCAAUGUCUAGAAGCACUGCUCAAUUGUACACUGCAAAUUCAAACUCAUCGUCCACUACAAAUCCAACGCAAUGUCAUAGCCUUACAAAUUCUGAAUCAAUGCUCCCUGAAGCCACAAAUUUGUCAUUUAAUUCCCUUCUAUCAACGUUUAAAUUUAGCCCUACCACGACCAUCAACACAUCAGGUAUAUCGAGCACCAGCUCAUCUUCGGACAAUACGCAAAUUGAAAUAGAAAAUAACGUACCACAGCCUUCCUCUGCAGCUCAAUUGUUAGUUGCUGAGGCUGAAAGCUCAGAUCCAAUGCAAAACAUCGUAAAUGCACCGUCCACUAUGUCCGACUCAGGACCAGAAACAGAUUCGGCCACUUUAUUGACACCUGUGGACAUUCAGCGCAUUUGUUCACCACACAAUGAAAACCCGCCAGCUUCCAGUGAACUUAUUUCAGAGGCCGGCAAUCGAGGGACUUGCAGCGGAAAUGAUACUCAGACGGAGAAGUCUGCUCUUCAGGCUGUACUUCAUGACUCUUCGGACGAUUCUUCCUUGAGCAGUCCUAGAUCAGAUACCCUGUCCCGCGAAGUGACAGACGAAGAUUCUGUUACAGGACAAAUGCGUCUAGUCCAGAGUUCAGAUUUGCUAAGGACAUUUAAGAAAGCAAUGAAUGAGCUCAGGAAACUAAAAAAGUCACUGAAAAUGUCCAAAGCCAAUCGGACAACAAUUGGAGUUGCAACAGAAAAACGCGAAACCAUUGCCAACAAAUCAGUGGCCACGUCCACGCACGUUACAGCCGAAGUAUCGAACUCCGCCUUGAAUUCUCAAGGAUCCUCGGUGCGGCCGAAACACAGAAUACAAUGCUCAGAUUAUGGGACAGCAAGCACGGAUAUGGCAGCAGCAUUGCCUACGUCUCCGAGACAGCCACACGAUGACACCGCAAGUCCGAAGCGUCAUGACACGCUGCACUCGCAAUAUCGCCGGUUCCUGAAACGCGGAGGGCCCUUUCGCCGGCGCCUCCGGCCGCGGUCGUCGGCUGCUGUCGGAGGCGAGACAGCGGCUCGCAAGGCUCCUGAGACGCCCACCGAUGACCAACAACGACAAAAUUGAUGCGUAACGCUCACAAGCAGAGAGCAGACGCAACUGGAUCAGGGCUGGGCCAAACUGGGCCAGGAUGACUCACAAAAAACGCAACGCUAUUUGGACAAAGUCCCGCUCAUAUCUCAGAGUGCAUGCACAUGUGAUGAUCAGAUAUUCUCUGUGAUACGAGUGUGAUACUCUUAUUUUUCUCUGUAGAAUAAGUCACAACCUUAUAUUUUAUAUAUAUUAGCUUUC